AUGACAACGGUUGCAGUCCUCGGAGGAGGGUUGGGGGGUCUGGCAGCAUCCUACUACCUGUGCAAGAGCCCCCAGGUUACCAAGGUCGUUGUGUUGGAGUCCAGCAGCCGCUUGGGAGGUUGGCUGUGGUCCACCCGGAGGUCCGAUGGGGCGGUGUUUGAACACGGACCCAGGGGGAUCCGACCUGCUGGGGCAGUGGGACGCAACACACUCAACAUGGUGGAGGACCUGGGUCUUGGGGGGGAGAUUCUGCCAGUCACCUACAGCCACGUGGCCUCUAAGAACAGAUACGUGUACGUCAACAGGCGGCUGCACAGGAUGCCUUCAGGAAUGAGUGGACUUCUGCGGACCGUGCCGCCCUUCUCUCGUCCCCUCCUGCUGAACAUUGCUGGGGAGAUACUGGUGAGGAAGGGCAAGGGCGAAGACGAGUCCAUCCACUCCUUUGUCUCCAGGAGGCUGGGGAAGGAGCUGGCGGACAUCGCCGUGGACAGUUUGUGUCGUGGCGUGUUUGCAGGGGACUGCAGGAAGUUGAGUGUGCGCUCUUGUUUUCCUGCCUUGUACCACGCAGAGCAGCGCAGAGGUUCCCUGACGCUCGGCAUGCUGCUGGGCUCAGGUCCGACUGCGGUGGUCCCCCCUGGUCCUCUGGCUCAAAGGUCUGUUGAUGAGUCGUGGGCCCAGUGGUCCCUGCGGCGGGGAGUGGAGUCCCUCCCAGAGUCCAUCGGCGAGUACCUGCGGCACAGUGGAAGAGCGGAGCUUCAUAGGGAGGCUGCGGUUCAACAGAUCAGUCCAUCCGCCUCCGGCUGGAAGAUCACACUGGAGGAUGGAGUCAUGUCAGCUGACCACAUCAUCUCUGCACUGCCUGCUAAAGCCCUCUCCUCAAUCCUGCCCUCCUCCUCCUGUCAACCCCUCAUCCAGCUGCUGCAGGACAUCGCCACGGUAACGGUUGCUGUGGUAAAUCUAGAGUACGAGGGUUCCGUCCUGCCUGUACAGGGGUUUGGCCACCUGCUGCCAUCGUCAGAGGACCGGGGUUUACUCGGGGUGGUCUACGACUCCGUCCCCUUCCCCCAACACAACAGACCGGAAGGACAGACGACCAGACUGACGGUGAUGAUGGGCGGCGCCUGGUUCCAGGAAGUGUUCGGGGACCCCGCUGCGGUGACAGAGGAGCGUCUUUUGGCUACAGCCACCGAGGCAGUGAGCCGCCAGCUGGGAGUCAGCAGCGCGCCCAGCUGGAGUCGGGUGACUCUACAGAAGGACUGUAUACCGCAGUACUAUCAGGGACACUACCGGAGAGUGGAGUCCAUGCGCAGCUUCAUAAGGGACAAAAGCCUCUCGCUGUCUCUGAUCGGCUCCUCCUACGACGGCGUGUCGGUCAACGACGUCAUCUUCAGCGGACGAACCGCUGCAGAGGAGCUGUUGGGAUCAGUUUGACAGCAGGUGGAUCCGUGUGUUGUUUUUUCCAGCGUCAUGUAUUUAUAUGUAAAACGUCUUAUUUUUCUGCCUUCACUGGAAAUGUUGAGACUAUUUUCUUCAGCACAAAUAUGUACAAUCAAUGUUGAAUUGUAAUAUUAAAGUGUCUUAAUCGAAAGAGGUGUGGUUAGUUAUCAAUCAUAUUAUUGCUUUGGGCACAGCAGUUUCCUACCGAUACAAUAAAGCCUCAAUGUGCCUCAGCUGCUUGAUGACCGCGUGUGACCUGCUGUUAUCGACACGUUUACACGUGAUGAUCAAUGGAUUCAAAGACUAAAUAAAAUUUCCAUGACCAAA